ACCAAAUAAUUAGAAAAUCAGUGUAUUUGUAGUUGCAUAAGCGAUUAACUCUUUAAGCAAAACAUAUUAAUUAAUUAAUUUAAUUGGUGCCAUUAUUUCCGUGACUUUCGUUGGAGAAAUUAUUCCCCGUAUUUGUUAUUAAUUCGUCUACAGCUGUUUAGUAAUUAUUCUAACAUUAGAACGUUACCAUUCACAUUUACCAGUGCGAAGAAAUGACGAUCGAUUAUUUUAAAUUGUUGUGUGCUUUAUUGGUUGCUUGUCAGUGUGGAGCGUCACAUGUGCAACCCAAACUAGUUAUAGACGAAGAUGGUGGAGCCGAUGACGCAAUGGCCAUUUUUAUGGCUCUCAUUUGCGAGAAAUAUUUGAACGGACCGCAAGUGGUAGGCUUAACCACGGUCCAUGGUAAUGUCAAUGAAAGCCAAGCCUACAUUAAUACUCAAAGAAUCUUAAACAUAGCAGAGAGAAAAGAUGUUCCAAUCUACCGUGGAGCCGCAUCGCCAUUCAUCCAUGGCAUCCCAUCAGACAAAUUUUUUGGAGAAGACGGUCUUGGUGACAAUAAAGUAGAGGAUUACGAUAAACUUCCUGCAAAACCGAUUCACGCAGCGUUGGCUCUUAUCCAUUUAUCGCACUUAUAUGGUGACAAACUCAUAGUAGUAGCAAUCGGAUCAUUAACCAAUAUUGGACUGGCAAUCAAACUGGAUCCAGAGUUUGUUUCAAGAAUAGGACAGUUGUAUGUCGGUGCGGGACAUAUUCAUACUGCAGAACACAAAGAAGCUGAGUUUAACGCGGCUAUGGAUCCUGAAGCAUACCACAUCGUAGCCAACCACAGUUACCCCAGCCAAGUAACAGUGGUGCCCUUUUCACCUAUAUUAACCUAUGUUAAAAUUGAAAAGAAUUGGCGAAUCAAUGUUCUUGGGAAGAUACCAACAGUUAUAUCAAGUUAUAUGAUGAUAUUCGAACGAAAAUCUAUCGCCGCUGUUGAUUAUUGGGCUAAUUUAGACCCGGCUGUGAUGGCGGUAGUGCUUCGUGAGAGCUUGGUGGAUGAGUUUAAAUUUUCGUUAAACAGUGUUAUUUUAUGUGGUACAGACAGAGGCGUUACUCCUCAUGAUUUUCUUUCGGAAAACGCAAACACAAGAGUAGCUGUGCGAAUCAACAAAGUAAAAUAUAUGCUAUUUUUAUAUACAGUUUUCUCCGCUCCAUUGGAAGGUUCAGGACAUUCAAAUGGGCCUUACUCAUAAUAUAACCUAACAUAUUUUAUUUAACAUUAUUAGUAACUUAAGAACUGAUAUUUUAAUAAUAUAUGAAAUUCCGAAAAAUAAAUAACAACAUUAAAACGA